AUUUAGACACAGGCGAGAGGAUCAUGGCGGAUGGCCCCAGGUGUAAGCGCAGAAAGCAGGCGAACCCGCGGCGCAAUAACGUUUUCAGUUUAAAUUCUCAACUGGCAAUUGGCCGAAAACUCCUAUCUGAAGACGUGAGCAUCCAAAUGUCAUUUUGUGAUUUGACUACUAUCUGCUUGACAUAGGAAGGCACUAUCAAGAAAGACUAAUGGAGUGAAUGAAUAACUAUCAAAAGGAAAAAAUGGAAAAUCUUUAACUUCUACUACAGAAGAUUAUAAAGUGAUCCUUCCUGCACCAAGAAAGAUCUGCUGAUCUUUUUCAGUGUUUUUGGAGGUGGGGUGAGAGCUUGAUCAGUUUGUGUCAGCCACCUUGUUCUCUAAAGUUACAAAUUAUAAUACUGUGGUAGAAACAAAUUCAGACUCAGAUGAUGAAGACAAACUCCACAUUGUGGAAGAAGAAAGUAUUACUGAUGCAGGUGAUUGUGAAGGUGGGGUGCCCGAUGAUGACCUGCCCACAGACCAGACAGUGUUACCAGGAAGCAGUGAGCGAGAAGGGAGUGCUAAGAAUUGCUGGGAAGAUGACGUAAAAGAUGACGAAUGUGACUCCGAUGCAGAAAAUGAGCAAAAUCAUGAUCCUAAUGUUGAAGAGUUUCUGCAACAACAAGACACUGCUGUCAUUUAUCCUGAGGCACCUGAAGAAGACCAGCGGCAGGGAACACCAGAGGCCAGUGGUCAUGAUGAAAAUGGAACACCAGAUGCAUUUUCCCAAUUACUUACCUGCCCAUAUUGUGAUAGAGGUUAUAAACGCUUUACCUCUUUGAAAGAACACAUUAAAUAUCGCCAUGAAAAGAAUGAAGAUAACUUCAGUUGCUCCCUGUGCAGUUACACCUUUGCAUACAGAACCCAACUUGAACGUCACAUGACAUCACAUAAGUCGGGAAGAGAUCAGAGACAUGUGACGCAGUCUGGGGGUAAUCGUAAAUUCAAGUGCACUGAAUGUGGAAAAGCUUUCAAAUACAAACACCAUCUAAAAGAGCACUUAAGAAUUCACAGUGGAGAGAAGCCAUAUGAAUGCCCAAACUGCAAGAAACGUUUUUCCCAUUCUGGUUCCUAUAGUUCACAUAUAAGCAGUAAGAAAUGUAUCAGCUUGAUGCCUGUGAAUGGACGACCAAGAACAGGACUCAAGACGUCUCAGUGUUCCUCACCAUCUCUUUCAGCAUCACCAGGCAGUCCCACACGACCACAGAUACGGCAAAAGAUAGAGAAUAAGCCCCUUCAAGAACAACUCUCUGUAAACCAAAUUAAAACUGAGCCUGUGGAUUAUGAAUUCAAACCCAUUGUGGUUGCUUCAGGAAUCAACUGUUCAACCCCUAUACAAAAUGGGGUUUUUAGUGGUGGUGGCCCAUUGCAGGCGACCAGUUCUCCUCAGGGUGUGGUGCAAGCUGUUGUUCUGCCAACAGUUGGCUUGGUAUCUCCCAUAAGUAUCAAUUUAAGUGAUAUUCAGAAUGUACUUAAAGUGGCAGUAGAUGGUAAUGUAAUAAGGCAAGUUUUGGAGAAUAAUCAAGCCAAUCUUGCAUCCAAAGAACAAGAAACAAUCAAUGCUUCAUCCAUACAACCAGGCGGCCAUUCUGUUAUUUCAGCCAUCAGUCUUCCUUUAGUUGAUCAAGAUGGAACAACCAAAAUUAUCAUCAACUACAGUCUUGAGCAGCCUAGCCAACUUCAAGUUGUUCCCCAAAAUUUAAAAAAAGAAAAUCCAGUUCCCGCAAACAGCUGCAAAAGUGAAAAGUUACCAGAAGAUCUUACUGUUAAAACUGAGAAAGACAAAAGCUUUGAAGGGGGAGUGAAUGAUAGCACUUGCCUUCUAUGCGAUGAUUGUCCAGGUGACCUCAAUGCACUUCCAGAGUUAAAGCACUAUGACCUAAAGCAGCCUGCUCAGCCUCCUCCACUCCCAGCCCCAGAAGUUGAGAAGCCCGAGUCCUCUGUUUCAUCGGGUACUGGAGAUGGCAAUUUGUCUCCCAGUCAGCCUCCUUUAAAGAAUCUCUUGUCUCUCCUGAAAGCCUACUAUGCUCUGAACGCACAACCAAGUGCAGAAGAGCUCUCAAAAAUCGCUGAUUCGGUAAACUUACCACUGGACGUAGUAAAAAAGUGGUUUGAAAAGAUGCAAGCUGGACAGAUUUCAGUGCAAUCUUCUGAACCAUCUUCCCCGGAACCAGGCAAAGUAAAUAUACCUGCAAAAAAUGAUGAACAGCACCAAUCUACAAAUGCAGAUGAACCCCAGGACAGCACAAUAAGUCUACAAAGUCCUCUGAAAAUGUCUAAUUCUCCAGGUUUACCAGUGGGAUCAACAGUCAAUGGUUCCAGAAGUAGUACACCAUCCCCAUCACCUUUAAACCUCUCCUCAGCCAGAAACACACAGGGUUACAUGUACCCAGCAGAAGGUGCACAGGAAGAGCCACAAGUAGAACCUCUUGAUCUUUCACUACCAAAGCAGCAGGGAGAGUUAUUGGAAAGGUCAACUAUCACUAGUGUUUACCAGAACAGUGUUUAUUCUGUCCAAGAAGAACCCUUGAACUUGUCUUGUGCAAAAAAGGAGCCACAAAAGGACAAUUGUGUUACAGACUCAGAACCAGUUGUAAAUGUAAUCCCAAGUGCCAACCCCAUAAAUAUUGCUAUACCUACAGUCACUGCCCAGUUACCCACAAUUGUGGCCAUUACUGACCAGAACAGUGUUCCAUGCUUACGAGCACUCGCUGCCAAUAAGCAGACUAUUCUAAUUCCACAGGUUGCAUACACAUACUCAACUACAGUCAGCCCUGCAAUCCAGGAACCACCCCUGAAAGUGAUCCAGCCAAAUGGAAAUCAGGAUGAAAGGCAAGACACUAGCUCAGAAGGAGUAUCAAAUGUGGAGGAUCAAAAUGAUUCUGAUUCUACACCUCCCAAAAAGAAAAUGAGGAAGACAGAAAAUGGAAUGUAUGCAUGUGACUUGUGUGAUAAGAUAUUUCAGAAGAGUAGCUCAUUAUUGAGACACAAAUAUGAACACACAGGUAAAAGACCUCAUGAGUGUGGAAUCUGUAAAAAAGCAUUUAAACACAAGCAUCACUUGAUUGAACACAUGCGAUUGCAUUCAGGAGAAAAGCCCUACCAAUGUGACAAGUGUGGAAAGCGCUUCUCACACUCGGGAUCUUAUUCUCAGCACAUGAAUCACCGCUACUCCUAUUGCAAGAGAGAAGCAGAAGAACGCGACAGCACAGAGCAGGAAGAGGCAGGGCCAGAAGUUCUGAUGAAUGAGCAUGCUGGUGCCAGAGCAUCUCCCUCACAGGGUGACUCAGAUGAGAGAGAGAGUUUGACAAGGGAAGAGGAUGAAGACAGUGAAAAAGAGGAAGAAGAGGAGGAAGAUAAAGAGAUAGAAGAAUUACAGGAAGAAAAGGAAUGUGGAAAACCACAAGGGGAUGAAGAAGAAGAGGAGGAGGAGGAGGAAGAAAUGGAAGAAGAAGAAGAAGUAGAAGAGGCAGAGAAUGAAAGAAAAGAAGCAAACACUGAAGGGCCAAUGAAGGAUGACGGAGCUGUCAGCCAGGCCGGCAACUUAGAACAAAAAGUAAGCAAGAGUACUGAGCAGGUGUCUGAAGAGAAAACAAAUGAAGCCUAAUAGUUUUCUAGAAGGAAAAUAAAUUCUAAUUGGUAAUGAAGUCUGUUCUAUAUUACCCAUGCUUUUCAUGGAAACACAGUACCCUAUGCUGUGAUUCCUAUCACUACUGUGUAAAGUCAGAACUGAAAAAAUACAAAAUACAAAAAAAAAAAAAAAAUCCAGGUGUGCCUGAACCUCAGACCUAGUAAUUUUUCAUGCAGUUUUCAAAGUUAGGAAGAAGUUUGUGACACGAAGCAGAUUAGAAACUUUGAUGACUCAGAAAGCAAAGAUUGAACAGGUUAAAGGAAAAUGAUUAUUAGAUAAGCAUCUAGCGUUGUUUCAUUUUAUCAGUAUUAUUUCUCUUAUGUUGGUUCAUUCUUAAGCUGUACAAUUGGGAGAAAUUUUAUAAUUUUUAUUGGUAAGCAUAUGCUAAAUCCGCUUCAGUAUUUUAUUAUGUUUCUAAAAUGUGAGAACUUCUGCACUACAAAAUUCCCUUCACAGAGAACUAUAAUGCAAUUCCAAACCAUGAAAACUACCUUUUAUAAAUCCAUUCUAGAAGGUAGUAAUUUCUAAUAUUUAGAUGUCAUAGUGGAGCAUAUUGUCAGCCUUAAGGAAGCAGCCGAUAGAAGAACUGAAGUUCCUUACUCAUGUGAUUUUAAUGGAGUUCAGAAGAUGGUCAUUGAGUUCUGACUGCAGGGACUAACAGUGUUGAUACUGGCAAGGACAAACAGAGAUGUCAGAAUCAGUGUUCAAGAUUGUGUUUGAGUAUGUGGUAGCAAAUAUGAAGGAUAUGAUAUGAAGGUUUGUAUCUCCUUUGGCCUUAAGCAAGACCUGAGUGCUGUAAGUGCCAUUUCUCAGUAUUUUCAAGGCUCUAACCCGCCUUCAUUCAGUGUGUGGCCUACAAUAACUAGCAUUUGUUGAUUUAUUCAUUGUAUCAAAAUUCCCAAAUAAAACUUAAAAACCACUGACUCUGUCAGAGAAACUGAAACACAGGGACAUAUCACCCUUCAAUUCCUCAGUAUUCGUUUUCUGAUAAUUGAUUUUCAGAAUUUCUCUACAGAAACAAAAGGGAAAUUUUCUAAUCUGCUUUAUCCAUGUACUUGCAUUUCAGACAUGGACAUGCCAUUGUUAUUUGGCUCAUAACUGUUUCCAAAUGUUAGUUAUUAUGGACCCAAUUUAUUAACAACAUUAGCUGAUUUUUACCUAUCAGUAUUAUUUUGUUUCUUUUAGUUUAUAGAUCUGUGCAACAUUUUUGUACUGUAUGUCUUCAAACCUGGCAGUAUUAAUACCCUUCUUACUGACAUAUGUACUUUUAGUUUUAGAAAACUUUUAUAUUUAUGUGUCUUAUUUUUAUAUUUCUUUAUUUAUUACACAGUGUAGUGUAUAAUACUGUAGUUUGUAUUAAUACAAUAAUAUAUUUUAGUAUGAAAAUUUGGAAAGUUGAUAAGAUUUAAAGUAGAGAUGCAAUUGGUUCUCUUGCAUUGAGAUUUGAUUUAACAGUGUUAUGUUAACAUUUAUACUUGCCUUGGACUGUAGAACAGAAUUUAAAUGGGAAUGUAUUAGUUUUACAACAACAAUCAAGUCAUUUUACCUUUACCCCGUUUUUAAUAUAAAACUCUUAAAUUUUGAAAUUCACUGUGUGACUAAUAGCAUGAUGCUCUGCUGUUUUAUUAAGAGAUUAGCCUAACCAUAAAACUCAUUUCUUUAGCAAGCCAAAUUAGGAUUACCUUAUAUAAACAGUGUUGGGAACAAUGUUUAACAUUUUGUGCCAAUUUGUUCCUGUAUUCAUGUAUGUAAGUUACCAAUCCGACUCUUCAUUUUUAAGUUCCUUGUUACACCAUGGUCAUUUUCUAGUUUUUUAUCAGACUCCCCCAUCUCACAAUAAAAUGCAUCAACAAGCCUGA